CCUCCGCCUUUUUCUUCUUCUUCUCUUCCUUCUCCUUUUUCUUCUUCCUCCUCCUCCUGCUAUCACCCCCAACAAAUGCCAGCAACGCACCAACACCAAUCGCCACCAACGCCACCACAGCCGCCACCAACCGAGCGCCACAACGCCACCACAAACGCCACCCAUAAGCCACCACAGCGCCACCAACCCGCCACCACAGCGCCCAACCGCCACCCAACGCCACCCACCACCACAGCGCCACCAACCGCCCACCACGCGCACCAACGCCACCAACAGCGCCACACCGCCACCACAGCGCCACCAACCGCCACCACAGCGCCACAACGCCCACCACAGCGCCACCAAACCGCCACCACAGCCCAACCAACCGCCACCACAGCGCCACCACCGCCACCACAGCCCACCAACCGCCACCACAGCGCACAGCGCCACCAACCGCCACCAGCGCCACCAACCGCCACACAGCGCCACCAGCGCCCACCACAGGCCACCAACCGCCACCAGCGCCACCAACCGCCACCACAGCCCACCAAAACCGCCACCACAGCGCCACCAAACCGCCACCACAGCGCGCCACCCGCGCCACCAACCGCCCACCACAGCGCCACCACCGCCCACCACAGCGCCACCAACCGCCACCACACAGCGCCACCAACCGCCACCACAGCGCCACCAACCGCCAACCGCCACCACACCACAGCGCCACCAACCGCCACCACAGCACCAACCGCCACCACAGCGCGCCACCACAGCGCCACCAACCGCCACCACAGCGCCACCAACCGCAGCCACCAACCGCCACCACAGCGCCACCAACCGCCACCACAGCGCCACCAACCGCCACCACAGCGCCACCACAGCGGCCACCACAGCGCCACCAACCGCCACCACAGCGCCACCAACCGCCACCACAGCGCCACCAACAGCACCCGUGACGCAAUUCCUUCUCCGCCACAAUCAUCAAAAUCUUGCUUCGCCUUGACAUCGGCUCGUCCUUCGGGGGAAUUAGAGGCACGCGUGGCACUAAACGCACAGCUGACUGGCACCCGCUCUUGGAAAACGGGCCGCGAGAUGCUCCAUUACACCCCUGAGGGAAACCACGAAGCUCAUUUGAAUUUGGGGAAAUGCGCGGGAAAUAUUGAUGACGUCAGCAGAGUUAACGUUCGUCACACGUAUUUGGCGCGAACCGAACAGCCAAUCAGCGUCCCCCGCUCCCCGUCCGGCGCGCUCAUUGGUCCAAGAUCUAAGACAAAGGCACGUCGAAAGCGCGGGAAGAAUGCGGAUUCGACAUGUCCGUUUGGCUGCACGGAAUUGAUAACGCGAUGGACGACUGUUCGGACCUGCCACGUCCCCGACUGGCGCUUCCUUGGACGCGUCGGGGAGUAUCGGUGCAGUUAUCAAGCAGAAUUCUUUAGUGAAGGUUAA